AUGAUUGAAAGUAAUGAUUUCCGAAAUUCAGAAAGUAAACUUGACACAACAGAAACCAGUCAAUUUUCUAUCAGUCUUGCUGAAUUUUUCCACGUGGAAAGUAUCCAACUAGCUGUAUUUCUAUUCGCUUUCAUCCUUGUAAUUGGCAUUCUGUUGACCCUGUUGAUUGGAAUAAUGAUUAUAAUUUAUUGGCGUAAAAUGUUAUCCUAUGGAAAGCAUUCAAUGAAAGCGUUUACUAAUACUAAUACCGUUAUUCUUAAAGAUAAUAUUGUAAACAGUAAAUUUGAUGAGAAGGAUAUAAAACCAUUGGAGUUCAAUCAAGUCUACACAAGAAAAGGUAUUCUAGAAUUCAGUAUAACGUAUUGUACAAAAUUGCAUACACUGACAGUUGAAAUUAUUCGUUGCAGAGAUUUACAAUAUCCACAAGAGUUACCUAACUAUAAUACACGUGUCACAAUUACUUUAGCCUUUUGGGAUGAUACUCAUUGGAUUAUAUUAGAUCAUCAGCAAAGAAAAACAACCUACAUUAAUGGCUUGAAUCCGGAAUGGAAUGAGAAAUUUGAUUUUGCCUUAUUACAACCCCAGUUAUUACAAACAAAUCUAAUUAUUGAAGUGUAUACAUGCGAUUCAAUUGGUCAGGAUACAUGUGUUGGACGGUUAGAUUUAGUAUUAAAAGAUAUAGAUUCAAAUUUAUUUAUGAACAAAGUGUAUACACUGUGUGAAGUGUUGAAAGUGUACACAGUUAACUUUUCAGAUUUAGGUGAAAUGUGCAUUGGCUUACAGUAUGAAAAUUCACAAUAUUUGAAAAUUCAUGUCAUUGAGAUACGUAAUCUAAAUCUGAGCAAAAUUCUUAAUUCAGUCAAUGCAAAUGGGAUUGAUGUGACUGUAUAUGUGAUAUUAAGAGGAAAGAUAAUUAAAAAUGAAGCUAUCCCUUCACAAGGAGAAUUAGGGAAUUUAUACUUUGAUCGUACUGUUCUAGUGAAUCUAAAGAAAGAGGAUAGUUUAGAAGAUGUACAAAUUUAUUUUCAACUACGUCAUUUAAAUCAACAUGGUUUAAAACAAGUACUCGGUGAAAUUAGUAUCGGUUCAAAGUCAACACAGAAUACAGGAAUUAAGCAUUGGUUAAAUCUGUGCAAAAAUCCAUUAGAGGUGAAUAUAAUGUGGCAUAUAUGGAAUCCAGUAUCGUAAUCUAUGCUGAAGAAGCUGAGCAAACCUUCUUAAUCAAGUGAAAUGGGAUAAUGAAUUGAAUAUUGGAUUUUAGUAGAUCUUUUGUAUAUAGAACAAACUUUACUUCAUUUCAACAAUUGCGUUUAACCAUUUACGAUACAUCAAAAUGAAACUGCAUACUGUCCUUAUGAUAUUUACUUUGCAUCUGCCACCGAGUUAAUUUCUUUGAAGAUAAAAAGUAAACUAUGUAAGUCUUCUAAGCAUGAUUACAGAUACUGAUAAGCAUUAGAUGAAAUGAGUAAUAAACCCUGGUGAAAGUCUUGAUCUCUGCUGAUUGAUACACAUACUUUUAUGUUGAAACUAUAAUUUCCUUCUGCUUUAUCAAGUAAUAACACACGGUGAAAUAUUGUUUAUAUGUUGUAACUGAUGUGUUCAUAUUCAAUGUUAAAUAUAUUCAUUUGUUU